UUUCGACUCCGUUAAAAGGUCAAUUGAGUGAACAGUUACAACCCUGUAGAUGUACGUUGACAGUCGAGAUUCCGGUCAUCGCAUCUAAAUAUAACACGUUUACUGGGCUCGGUUCACUUUUAAAUUGACAGUCGUCCUAUAAUCUCUGAUCAAAGUGUAUGGAGUGCAAGUGGAAGAAAUGGCUACCGACGCAGAGAAAGGGAAGUACACGACUCCGGAAGGUUCAAAGACAUGGGAAUAUCUGAGUAUUCUGACGUGUUCGAUCAUGGGAAGUUGCAUCGGUUUCGUCGUAGGAUGGAAUUCACCAAGCAUAGUAAUCCUAAUGGAGGAAGACUCGCCUAUUCCAGUCACAGCCUCAGCUGUUUCUACGUUGGUUGCUGUCGUGGCUGUUGGUCAUAUGGUAGCACCGCCAAUCAGUACAAUUAUUGUUGAUAAACUCGGCAGAAAAAAUAUGAUACUGCUCAGUGCUCUACCGCUUCUAAUCAGCUGGGGUUUAAUUAUAAUCGCGACGUCUAUUUGGGAAUUGUACGUGGCGAGAUUUCUGGCAGGAAUGGCACAAGGAUUGUACACUUGCGUCUGCAUGAUGUACAUAGGCGAGAUAUCGUCACCCGAUACAAGAGGUGUUGCAAGCUCUUUAAUAGCAAUCAUCUACAACGUCGGUAUUGUUCUAACAUUCAUAGUUGCUCCGCAUCUCUCCUUAUCUUGCAUGGCUGGAAUCUUCUUGGCUGUCACCGUCAGUUUCGUAGUUCUCUUCUGGUUCAUGCCGAAGUCUCCGUACUUCCUGGUAAUGAGGAAUAGACUAGACGAGGCUGAAGAGGUGUUGGAAAAGUUGCGAGGUAAAGUGGACGUUUCGGAAGAGUUGGAAUCGAUCGUCGCUUCUCUAUCGAAGGACGAGAAAGAAAUGAUGAAAACUGGAUCGUUGAAGGACAUCUUCACGUCGCGUGCAAACUUCCGAGCGUUUCUCUCUAUCAUGCUCUUCGCCGUGGCGCAGAAUUUCGGCGGUUUCUACACGAUCCUCAUAUACGGCCAAUUGAUAUUCAAGUCGACCAGCAAUGUUAUGUCGGAUUACGUAGUGAACGUAACGAUCGGUGUGACACAGCUGAUCUCCGCUAUCGUCACUAGCUUCCUGGUCGACAAACUCGGCCGGAAACCGUUGAUACUCGCGGCAGGUGUCACCGUUACCGUUUGUAAUCUCGUGAUCAGUGUUUACUUCUACGCGAAAGAGUACAUGCACGCGGACGUGCUGCCGUACUCUUGGGCGCCGUUUUUAUCGUCCAUCGUAUUGAUUUUCAGCUUCAACUGUGGCCUAAUCUGCAUGCAGAUUACUUUAAUGUCGGAAAUUUUCGCGACCGAGAUCAAAGCGAUCGCCACUUGCCUGGUCGGCGUGAUCAGCGGAUUGCUCGCCACUUUGGGCAGCAAACUUUAUAUAUGGAUAGCUCUAAGUUUGAACUACGGCCAUUCUGUGCCAUUUUUCGUUUACUUCGUGGUUGUCGCGGUGUGCACGGUGCUUAUCUACCGUGUCACGCCGGAAACAAAAGGCAAAACAUUAGCGGAGAUUCAAAGGGAAUUGAGUAAAUGAUCGUUGUCGUACAUUCUGCCCGCGAGUUAAUUAUCCCGCGAAGCUGUGUCCUCCACGUUCCGUGAAGUCCUGGAAGACUGAAUUCUUCGCGAUCACGAUUGUCGCGACG